AUGUAUUUUUAUCGUAUUUUAUUUUUCAUUUUACUAGCUCAACUUUUUGAUGAAGCAAAAGUGUUUGCUAGUAUUAUACCAAAAACUGUUUCAAAAUGCCGUUCGAUUCAAGGGCCAGAGGCAUGCGAAGAUAUUGUAAUUCACCAUCAAAGUGGCAUCGCAUUCAUGGCUUGCGGCUCAGAAAUUGGACGACGAACGCAAUGGUGGCCGCCAAUUGAUCAAUUAAAUACGCAAACUCAACCACGUGAACAACCUUGGAUCUAUAAUUUGGAGACCGAUGAGAUUUUCCCAGUAUCACUCAAGAAUUUCCCGAAGGAUACUGAUAUCGCUCUUCAUGGCCUGGGAAUGUAUGUUGACCCUUAUAACUCGAAUAAAAUAGCAUUAUUCUUUGUCAACCACCGUCGUUCGGGAAGCGUAAUAGAAGUAUUCGACCACACAAUCGGCACCAAAGAGCUUAUUUAUCGAGAAACCGUCUCAAGUGAACUUAUUGUUACACCUAAUGAUGUGACGCCAGUUUCGGCCAAUGAGUUUUACACGACAAAUGAUCGUCGAUAUACAUACAAGCAAGAAAAACUUAGACAAUUUGAAUCUGACACAGGACGCUCAUGGACCAAUGUGAUAUUUCAUUCGUCGAAAAAUGAUACUACAUUUAUUGCAGCUGAAGGAAUUUCAUACGCUAAUGGAAUUAUUGCCAAUUGGAAUUAUACUCGUAUUUACGUUAAUUCAGUAGGAACAGGAGAAACGAUAAUUUACGAUAGACGUGAGGAUAAUCUAUUACUUGAAAUAGAACGCGUUCACAUUGGAGUUGCUGUUGACAAUCAAUCAAUAGAUGAAGUAUCCGGCGAAAUUUAUGUUGCAGGUUUCCCAGAUGUACCAGCAACGUUUAAAUACCUUCUAGAUCCAACUGGAAAAUCUCCUCCACCUCCUGUACUUAUUGCCAAAAUUUCUAAUGUCACCAAGAAAGCGCAUCCACUUCUUGGUAGCAAUUACCAAGUGACAAAAGUACUAGAAACUAAUGGAAGUGACUUCAAUUCUAUUUCUAUCGCAGCUGUUGAUAGAAAGCGUAAUGUAAUCUUGCUUGGCUCUAUUCUAAAUAAGGGUAUUACCAGAUGCGAUUUAGAAUAA